AUGGCCUUUUCUACCAUAAUCCUGCCCCUUCGCGCGAUGAUUCCCAGCACAAUUCCGCCGACACUGUCACAGGAGGUGCUCAGCCUCGUGAUUCCGAGCGGCAUUCCCCGCUCUGAGCCUUCUCUACCUGAGACGGCUCGUUCUAAGCUGGACAUGGAUGAGCGGAUAGCCGAGGACCCGGUUUCCUGGGGUUGUUCCCUUCCUGAGCCAGGUCAUUUUGAGCUGGCUUUUGACGAGUGCGUCUGUAAUGAGCAAGAUGCCCCUAAUACCGCUGUUCUUCCGCCCUCUCUGUCUCAGUUCGAACUUAAACAGCCUCAUCUGGCCGUCCCUCAGCCGCAUCUUGCUCAACACGGUCAUUCCAGCCCUACCCCUCGUGAGCCGGAUCCUGAUCUUUUUGCCGCCGAGGAAGCUCUCGCGCAUGUCUCUUUACCGAGAUAUUCGGAGAUUCUGGUCAAGCUGAGCUCGCUCCCACCAUGCCCCCCGUUGCAGAGCACGCCGAAGCUGCUCCUCCCAAGUGGAAGACUGGCGCUGUCUGGAACGCCUGCUACGACCGAAGUUACCGGCGUCAAGUCCUUGUUUGAUAAUGUAAGAAGGCCGCGGCGGAGGUCAGAGUCGUACGAGGAUUGCCGUGCUGCUGGUAAGCUACCCCGCGACGUGGCUAUGGAAGUGAUUCGCUAUUCCAAGGAACUCGGCGAGAAGGACAAAGGCACCUGCAUGGCUCGCAUCUACAACUGCCUCUAUCCCGGUCUCAAAGACUUGGUCGUGGAACCAACUGACGAUAUCACCUUGGAUGAAUGGGAAGCGAAGGUCAGACCGCAAAUACAGACGCUGUUCGUUUCAUAG